CCUCAUUCUCUCUCUCUCUCUCAUUCGGAGUAUUUUUUCGGUAAAAUAAAAUGCUCGCCGGGAAUCAUCUCUGACAUGUUUUCCGGUUAUGUAUCUCCAGAAUUGGAUCUUGUCGCUAUCUUUUCUCCGGUGAAAACAGAUAUGUCCGAUCAUCUUCACCUCUUACGCAUCUGACCGGGAGAACAGUGUCAGAUUCUCAGGUGCGAUCCGGAUUUCUCUCAAUUCCGGCAAUGAUCAUUUGAGGCUCUUUGGGCCAUUCAAUAAGAAACACGGAUUGAAAAUGAAGGUUCGAAAGUUUAAAUCCGUGUUCAGAAUGAUUGAUUUUAUCUAUAUCCAUAUAGGAAGUCUUGAAUAUAGUUUGAUUUUAUAUGGAUCAAGGUUAGCUAACAAUUGAUCUGGGGAAAUGGACGGGGAAUUGCUGUUCCAUUAGAAACAGUUACUGAAGUGUUAAGAAUUGCCUCUUUUUGGUUGUCUUAGCUGAAGUACUUUUGGAAAAAUGGGGCUUGAAACACAUGAAACUAAGAAAUUGCUUGUCUCUUGUUCUAACAAGAUUAAUAAAUCCUUAAUUGGUCAUUCAUAUGUGGAGCAUGAUGAUAAACAUGCUUUGGAAAUGAGAUCUGGUGAAGUCGAUGAUGGUUGCUUUAAGUUAGGAUCAAAUGACUCUCUCCUCCCCGGUCUACAUAAUGACGUAGCGUUGACAUGUCUAGCUCGGACUUGUAGAUCAGAUUAUGCUUCACUGUCUUGCUUAAACACAAGGUUCAAUUCAGUGAUUAAAAGUGGCUAUCUGUAUGAGUUACGAAGACAAUUGGGAAUCAUUGAACAUUGGGUUUACAUGGUUGCUGACCCAAGGGGUUGGGAAGCUUUUGACCCGUUUAGAAAUAAAUGGUUCCGCUUGCCUAAAAUACCAUGUGAUGAGUGUUUUAACUAUGCGGAUAAGGAGUCGUUAGCUGUGGGAAGUGAGUUGCUUGUUUUUGGUCGUGAAUUGUUUGAUUUUGCUAUUUGGAAGUACAAUUUAGUCGGGCAUUAUUGGAUCAAGUGUGACGUGAUGAAUCAUCCACGUUGCUUGUUUGCAUCCGCUAGUAUUGGAUCAAUUGCAAUUGUUGCAGGGGGAAGUGACAAGGAUGGGAAAGUACUUAAUUCUGCAGAGCUUUAUGAUUCAUCGACCGGUAAAUGGGAGAUAUUACCCAACAUGCACUCUCCGCGUCGGUUAUGUUCUGGUUUCUUCAUGCAUGGGAAAUUCUAUGUGAUCGGUGGGAUGACAAGUGUCACUGACUCAUUGAGUUGUGGGGAGGAGUUUGAUCUAAAGACAAGGAAGUGGAGAAAAAUAGAGGGAAUGUGUCCAACUGUUAAUAAAGCUGCCCAGGCACCCCCACUUGUUGCAGUUGUUAAUGAUCAACCGUAUGCGGUUGAGUAUCAAACCAACAUGGUGAAGAAGUAUAUCUGGGAAAAGAACACUUGGGAUGUGUUGGGAAGACUUCCCAUGAGAGCUGAUUCUUCAAAUGGCUGGGGUCUUGCAUUCAGGUCAUGCGGGGAAAGGCUCCUCAUUGUGGGAGGCCAAAGGGGUCCUGAAGGCGAGGCAAUCGUGUUGAGUGCUUGGUCUCCUGGAUCUAUAAAGGAUGGAACCUUGGACUGGAAAGUUAUUGGGGUAAAGGAGCAUUCGGGUGUCUUUGUUUACAACUGUGCUGUGAUGGGUUGUUAAAAAGAAGGGCGAGGUCUCUUUAUUUGGCCGUUGCUUGCUUUUAGGUACACAAUUCUAUUCUAUACGUUGGGUUACAUUAUUUGUUGCAACCAGAGUUUUUUAAUCUUCUCUUUCAAGUGGUGGGCAACUACGGAGUAUUAUUCUUUAUUUUUUUAUAUUUAUUUUCGCGAUAUAUGUUCACCGUUUCCUUUUUUUAUUUACUGAUUUCAAGUUGUUUGUGUGUUUACUGGAUCAAGUUUCACCUGCAGAACACACAAACAAUACCAAGGCUCAUUGUUAUUGUCUGAAGUUGUUUUGUAGAUGCUUCAUUGUAUGAUGUACUAUAACUAUUCUUUUUCUCGUGCUGAGAAAAUGUAACUUUCUUCCCUAUCUGCCCGUUACUUGUUCUCAUCCUUAUUGAUAUAUAUUCUAGUUGUGCUUCCUAUUU